CGCCUCGCUCUCUUGCUGCCGCCCCGCGCUGCCUCUAAAACGAGCCCUGCAUGCUGCUGCCUCUGAACGGGUGCUGCAUCUGCAUCUGAGCAUCAGCUCUUUCCUGCACUGAUCGCCAGCCAAGGCCGCCGCGAGCAAAAGCCCGGCGCUGCGAGAUUCAGGCCGGGUGAGAGAGCCAGCUCUCGAUGCUGCUUCUGCGCUGCUGUGCGCUGCUGCAUCGCACGCAGCAAGCCCACGCGUCACCGCGCCGCGCGUGCAUGACAGCCACCACGCCCAUCGCCGCUGUCUCUCCGGGCGCUGCAACUCGCCUCGCUUCAGUUGAGGUGCCCAUACGGCAGCCUGAUCGCGCUGACCAGCAGCAAGCAGCACCAGCACGCGGCGGCGACUUUACAAGCAGAGCGAUCUCCAGGCAGGGUGCGAGAGCCGUCAGGAGCGAGAGUGCUGGCGGGCGAGCUCCUAAGUUGCCGGCCGUGCGAGACAGCAUCAGGGCGAGGCGGUCUGGACUUGCUCUUCGUCGUCGUCGUCGUCGUCGUCGUCGCGGCACUACGCCGGACCCACGGGGCGGCCAGCGAAAGCCGAAGCGCAGAACGCAGGGCGCAGCAGCGAGGGCCCUGCAUGCUGCAGGGACCGGUGCUGGGGUCUGGACACCGGUCCGUGGGGUCUGCGGCUGCGAAUGGUACGCUGGCGCAGCGCUGCGGGAGCGCUGCGAGAGACGAGCUUAAACGCGC